GCAGCCCCUAUCGAGUCGAGCCGGCUGGUCAUUGUCCACGCAACACCGCAGAGAGGCUUGUGCAUUGCACCACUUGGAGACAGAUAUACACACAGAGCCAUCUCUCUCCUCCUCCUCUCUCACAUUCUUGCCUCUCCUCCAUCCGGCAGCAUCCUACUCUCGCCUCCACCUCCAGCAACCAUGGCCAGCACCGUAUCAGCCUACUCGGACAAGAUCAAAGAGAUGUCCAUGCUGUCUCUGAUCUGCUCCUGCUUCCACUCACAACCACAUCCCAACAGCCUCUACCAAUAUGGAGACAUGGAGGUGAAGUCCCUAAACAAGCGGGCAUCCGGCCAGGCCUUCGAGGUCAUCCUGAAGGCCCCCGCUGACCUCUCUCCUGACAGGCCCCAGCCGCUGUUCUCUCCCCCUAAGAAGGACCUCUCUCUGGAGGAGCUCCAGAAGAGGCUAGAGGCUGUGGAGGAGAGGAGGAAGUCUCAGGAGGCCCUGCUCCUGAAGCAGCUGGCUGAGAAGCGGGAGCAUGAGCGAGAGGUGCUCCACAAGGCCCUGGAGGAGAACAACAACUUCAGCAAGAUGGCAGAGGAGAAACUCAACUACAAGAUGGAGGUCAACAAAGAGAACCGCGAGGCCCACCUGAAUGCGCUCAAGCAGAGGCUCCGUGAGAAGGAAAUUCAUGCCGAUGAGGUCCGUAGAAACAAGGAACUCCAAGCUGACCUCUCUGGUUGAAGAUAUUUUCUACGGUUUUGUCAAGAGAUUCUCGUCUGGUUUUGGUUGGAAAGAAAUGCUACUUUUUUAAAUCUCGAUGUCUGAAAGUCUCUUGCAUUGUUCAAUAUACACUGGUUUCACAAGCUAAUAAUUCAACAACAACUUACACCGAUUGUUUCUCAUCUCUCAAUUUAUUUAUUUGAAAUAAUAUUGAUAUUGAACACGGGUAGAGCUGAAGUAAGGCCCAAGGUCAAGGGUCAGAUUUACUAAACAUUUGCACCUUUCUUAAGACUGCACCUGUGAGUUCAUUACAAGGGAACAAAAUGAAAACAUUUGAAACAUUUCUUCUUUAUCUUAGGAAACCUAU